GUCUGACAUUCGCUUGUUUUGUUUUCAUAAACAUUGUUUAUUUUAAACUUGUCUACUGCCUUUGAGAAUAUAAAAAUAAAGCAAAAUGGAUCCCGCGCUGCUUCGCGAACGCGAAGCCUUCAAAAAACGGGCUAUGGCCACGCCAACCGUUGAGAAGAAAAACAGACCAGACAGACCGCCACCACCACCUAGCAGAGAUGAGGCUCUUAAGAAGAUGCGACCACCAACAGCUCCAAAACUUGAUUCCUCCACCUACAAAACAAUGUCUGGCAGCUCACAGUAUCGAUUUGGAGUGUUAGCCAAGAUAGUAAAGUUUAUGCGAACGCGUCACCAAGAAGGCGAUGACCACCCUCUAAGCAUUGAGGAGAUAUUAGAUGAGACCAAUCAGCUUGAUAUUGGUCAAUCUGUCAAAAAUUGGCUGUCUGGUGAAGCGCUCAGCAAUAAUCCCAAAAUCGAUGUCACCUCUGAUGGACUAAAGUUUAGCUUUAAACCUGUUUAUAAAAUUAAAGAUGGCAAGAAUCUGAUGCGACUGCUAAAGCAGCAUGAUUUGAAGGGGCUUGGUGGCAUAUUGCUGGAGGAUGUGCAAGAAUCUCUGCCUCACUGUGAGAAGGUUUUAAAAAACCGUGCUGCCGAAAUUUUAUUCGUUAUACGCCCUAUUGACAAGAAAAAAAUCCUUUUCUAUAACGACAGAACUGCGAAUUUUGCUGUGGAUGAAGAGUUUCAAAAGCUUUGGCGUUCGGCAACAGUGGAUGCCAUGGAUGAUGCCAAAAUCGAUGAAUACCUCGAAAAACAAGGCAUACGCUCUAUGCAAGACCAUGGACUUAAGAAGCCCGUGCCAAAGCGCAAGAAGGCGGCAAACAAAAAGCGUCAGUUCAAGAAACCUAGAGACAACGAGCAUUUGGCAGAUGUCUUGGAGAUCUACGAGGACAAUACAUUGACUACAAAAGGCACAAAUCCAACACAAAGCUAAGGUUUUAUAUAGAUUGCACCCAAUAAAAUAAGAAAUU